UCCCGGCUGUCAGGUUGUUUCUUUUUUACACUUUUUUAGGAAAUGUCGAGCAAGAAUUUCUUUACAUUGUUGGAUCAGUACAAACAAGUGGCAUUUCCUGAUGCCAAAGAAUCAACACCUGCUUUUGAAUUAUUAGACACGGUAGACCAUGUCAAAUCGAUUCCUGAUCAAUCAUUGAUAUUCUGGUGUCGGGAUGCAAAAGUCUAGGCUACCAACAUGCUUCAUCUCGUGCUUUUUGUCAAUUCAUGUACAAACAAGCCUCGAAACAGAUUCGAGUCACCAAUUUCAGACCUUCUCAAUUCGACAUUUGCAUAAAGUAUUUAUUAGACGGCCUCGAUUUCGUUCAGGAUGCAGAUUACAAGGUGGAUUUACUACGAGCAAUGGGUGCACUCGUGUUUGAGAAUGCUGCCAAUACGCAACGUUCGGCCACACGAUUAUCCGCCACUUUAUUGUUGUUAGCAGACAGAUCUACCAAACCUUUAGAGGUACGUCGUAUGGCCAUCAACUGUAUAGGUAACACCUGUGCGGGGGGUGGUCCCAAGCUCGCCAAUCUCUAUAAGGACUUUUAUGCUUGCCUUUUAGGUAAUCUGUGUACCGUGGAUCAUACGGCACAGGGUACCAUCAUGGUAGCUUCCACCAGUCUUGAUUUCUCGGAUACAGCAGUACGAAAAGUUGCCAGUUCUACUUUACGUGCCUUGCAGUUUUUAUUGGGACAGGAUAAAUCCUUGGUAACAAACCCAUUGUGUGAUAUUAUUGAGAUUAUACGCACAUUUAUCUUUCAAGGUGUCUCUGUUCAAUCUUAUGCAUCACCAAAUCCACAAUACAAUCGAAGAAAUCGACUGUCACAACCCACCAGUCAAUACCAGUUCUCUUGGAGAUCGCCUGUGAAUAAACAAGCAUCUACCAGUUCAGAGUCUGAAUUAUCGGACUCGUCUCAAAUCAACGAGUUAUCACCACGUAGACAACGUGAUCAUGCCAAGAUUCGUAUCAAUGCGUUACUCUGUCUUUCUGCCAUUGCCAACACUUCACCAAAGGCAUUGUAUCCUCAUUGGCACAAGUUUUUACCAGACACCUUUUCUGUUUUUGCAUCCAAUCAUGCGGGCGGUGAUACAUUAAUCCCAUUUAUGCGAUCGGAUAAUCAACCACUUUCUUUAUUCACCAUCUUAUUAUAUGAUCCCACCGUGACAGUGCGUGCAGCUGUCUGUAGUACCUUGAUUGCUAUGUUAGAUGGAUCCAAACAAUAUUUAAGUCUCGCAUUAGAAAGUGAAAAGAGUCAGUCAUCAUUUACUUCCUUAUCAGAAAAUUUGGGUUCAAUUAUUCAUGAUGUGCAUCGUGGCAUUAUUUGUGGAUUGGGAAAGGAACAAACGCAUCAGGUCUUGUCCAUGUUAAUGAAUGUGACUACAGUACUGAUAGAGAAUUGUUCUUAUGAACGAUUAUCCGAGAAGCAUUUACCGUGUUUAUACCAAGCUGUGAUACCUCAUUGGAAAGAAGUUGUUGCGUGUUAAAGGUCAUGGCAUCGAUAUUUAGUAUCCAUCAAGAUAAUUUAAACCCGUUAGCGAUGCAACUGGUAAACGGUGUGCUGCUGGAAGCUGUACAGGAUGAAGAGAUCCAGGCAGAGGGGUGGCGUACUUGUACUGUCAUCACCAAAUCUUAUUUUUCGGAAACUAUCUGGACUACGCUCAAGGACCACUUUGUGAUUUCAGCAGCCAGUCUUAAAUUCGCUGAAGCAUAUGCAAGCGUCAUGGGAGACGUGGAUGUGACAUGGUGGCAAAUUAUGAUGGAGAAAUACUUGCAACAAGCCUCAUCGAACCCUACAGCAUCAGUGCGUGCUGCAGCCUGUGAUUGCUUUGCUAGUAUGUCGCGUAUGAUAUAUGAAAAGUUCCAUGUCAGGUAUCAAAGGUUGGCAGUGACCUUGCUGUUUUCCAUGUGCUCUGAUACAGACGCCCAU